CAUGGACCGGCAACAAGUUGCACUGCUGCAUAUCCUUAUAUCCCUAUCAUUGCAAAUAAUAGGCCCUUCAUUUGCAUUGAAUCACUUUUUUAUUCCUGAAAAGGAGGAGCUGUUUAGUGAGUGCACCGACAAGCCAGGAUAUUCUUUCGUGGAUAAGUUGGCUGAUCUUUCCCGAUUUAACCGUAAAAAAGAUGCAGAUGGUGCCGUGAAUAUAUCUGGAAACAUAACCAUAAAAUGGGAUGUCGAACCUUCAAGUCGCAUCGCGGUUGAAGUAAGCGUAGAAAAAUUUGAAGGAGGUACUUGGAAGCCAACUGCUUUUAAUGGAGGUGAUAGGGAUUUCUGCAAGAAGUUCUAUGAUAAGAACACCAUUUAUUAUCCUUUCUCGACCGAACAUGUAAUCAACAAGCAGCAAGUAAAGGACAAAUGCAUUACAACUCCAGGAACAGUUCUAGUCCUGGAACCCUUUCUCCUGAAGAUAUUAAUCAAUUUCGCAGUGCCUCUAAGUCCUGGACGUCACAAGGCUGUCAUUAUAUUUUCCGCAUUCGACAAAUCAGGAGUAAAGCUUCCACGGGACAUUUGCAUAGAAAUUGUUGGCGAAAUAGUGAAUAUCUGA